AUGCCGUCGGCCGACUUUGAACGAUUUUCUAAUAUUAUUGGCGGCCAACUCAGACGUGGGCAACAAGUGCACCAUGGAAUUGACCCGUCUACGCGAAAGCCACUAUGGGACGUGCCAAUAGCAGCGCAGAGUGAUCUCGAUGAGGCCAUUCUGUCAUCCAAGAAUGCCUUCGCGUCAUGGUCGAGGACAUCCUGGGAGAGCCGGCAGGAGAAACUUCUCCAGGCCCGCGACGUCCUAUCGGAGAACAAGGCAAAGAUGGCCGAGUUGCUGACCAAGGAAGUUGGCAAGCCGAUCCAACUCGCCCAUCUUGAAGUUGAGCAUGCCAUCAACUUUCUUGAAUUCAAUGCAAAGCAACCCCCCUUGGAGGAAAAGGUGAUCCAAGAUGAUGACGGCCUAAAGCUCACAAUGGUGCAAAAGCCCAUAGGCAUCGUGGCGGCAAUCUGCCCAUGGAACUUUCCCUUGGUACUAGCCAUGGGCAAGAUCGCCGCAAGUCUGGUCACUGGCAACUGUGUCAUUGUCAAGCCGUCGCCCUUUACUCCCUACUCGGUCCUCAAGUUUGCCGAGCUCGUGCAGCACAUAUUCCCGCCGGGCGUGUUCCAGGCGAUCAAUGGCGGCGACGACCUGGGUCCGCGCCUCUGCACGCACCCAGAUAUUGACAAGAUUAGUUUUACCGGCUCGACGGCCACGGGCAAAAAGAUCAUGAGCGCCUGCGCCGCCACCCUCAAGAACGUCACGCUGGAGCUCGGCGGCAACAACGCGAGCAUUAUUUGCCCAGACGUGGACCCCAAGAUUGUCGCGCCCCAGGUGGCAGUCGGGUCUUUUUUCAACUCGGGCCAGCUCUGCGUCGCCAGCAAGCGCGUAUACGUGCACGAGGAUAUCUACGACGAGUUCCUGGCCGUCAUGGUGGAGACGGUGAAGCAGUGGAAGGUUGAACCUACUUCAGACAUGCAACAAGGUAUCAUGCUGGGGCCGGUGCAGAAUCAGAUGCAAUACGAUAUCGUCCGCAAGUUCUUCCUGGACAGUGCCAGCGGCAACCACAACUUUGUUCUCGGAAGUACGCCGGAAGAGUCUCCAGAGAACUUUAUUGUCAAGCCUGCCAUUGUCAGCAACCCUCCCGACGAGUCUCUGGUCGUCACUGGCGAGGCAUUCGGGCCCAUUGUUCCCGUAAUGAAGUGGAAAGACGAGGACGAAGUUAUUCGACGGGCAAACGACACCCUCACCGGCCUAGGCGGUGCUGUCUGGUCGGAUGACCUCGUUCGCGCUCGUCGCAUCGCCGACCAGAUUGAGGCUGGUACGAUUUGGAUCAAUAGUUUUGAGAAGCCGCUUCCGCAGGCUCAUCUGUCGGGGUAUAAACAGAGUGGCGUGGGUGGUGAAUGGGGUCGCGAAGGUCUCAUGGUGUAUUGUAAACCCCAGGUCGUGCACUGCUACAAGGCACCUGUCGUGGUUCCCAAGUAG